AUGGCAUAUAUGUGCACCGACAGCGGCAAUUUAAUGGCCAUAGCCCAACAAGUUAUUCAGCAAAAACAACAACAAGAACAACAGCUUCAUCAACAGCAGCAACACCAGCAGCCAUUAGUCACUGUGAACGUAAAUCCAUUUUGGAGCACCACCGGCCACCAAUCUCCGACUCUUGCAUACGGAUUUUCCGAUCCGUUUGAAGGAGGUGCGGCGGAUGUGACCGGAGCCGAAGAGGCGGCAGGAUUUCAGUUUCCGAACCUAGAUCACCAUCACCACCAGCAUCCAGGGUUUAGGUUCGCCGAUUUUGUGGCGGCGUCAGGAUCGGUGGGGGAGUUCGACACCGACGAGUGGAUGGAAAGCUUAAUAGACUCGACGACAGAGAGUUCGACGUGGCAACCGAGCUCGGACUUCACUCUCUACGCAGCCGAUCCGUUUUCCGAUUGUCCGAGUCGACUCACUUGCUCAACGGAUCUAAAAAAUGCUAACUCUACUUGGCCGCCACCGCCGCCGCCAGUACUGGCUUCCGAUAAUCUGUUACCGCCUGAGAAGGAAAUAAAGCCUCCGAAAACGGAAAAAUCUCCGCCAUCAAAACCUGAUAUUGCGUCUACCAGUUCACCAGAGAGGAUUUUGACAAAACCCUUGCUCAAAACCCUAACUGAUUGCGCUCGAGUCGCCGAAACAGAUCCCGGAAAUGCAAUCACACCAUUGAUUCGCUUCCGCGAUUCUCUAUCCGCUGACGACGGAGAUCCCACCGAGAGAGUGGCGUUCUACUUCGCCGAAGCACUCCACAGUCGUGUCACUCGGAAACCGCGAGCAGUUUCCGAUAUAACGUCACGGGAGGAGUUCACUCUCACUUACAAAGCUCUAAACGACGCUUGUCCUUACUUCAAAUUCGCUCACCUCACUGCAAAUCAAGCAAUCCUUGAAGCAACAGAAAGCGCCGAUAAAAUCCACAUCGUCGAUUUUGGGAUAGUUCAAGGAGUUCAAUGGGCAGCACUUCUUCAAGCCCUAGCAACCCGACCCGCCGGAAAACCAACUCGAAUCCGAGUGUCCGGUAUUCCAGCGUUAAUACUGGGAGACUCACCGGCUCCGGAGCUUCUCGCAACCGGGAACCGCCUUCGUGAGUUCGCGAAGGUUCUAGAUCUGAAUUUCGAGUUCGAGCCCAUUUUAACUCCGAUCGAAAAACUCAACGUGUCAAGCUUUUGGAUCGAUGCAGAUGAGUUUUUAGCUGUUAAUUUCAUGCUCCAGUUGUAUAAUUUGCUCGACGAGAACUCCAUGGCCGUUGAGAAGGCUUUGAAGUUGGCGAAAUCUCUGAACCCGAGUAUCGUCACUUUAGGCGAGUACGAAGCGAAUUUGAAUCAGGUAGGCUUUCUUCAACGCUUCAACAACGCCCUAAACUACUACUCAGCUGUCUUUGAAUCUCUUGAACCCAACAUGACCCGAGACUCGCCGGAAAGGUUAGAGGUGGAGAGAUCGUUAUUCGGCCGGCGAAUAGCAGCGGCGGUGGGGCAUGAGGAAGAAGGAAGCAAAAGGGAACGGAUGGAGGGGAAAGAACAAUGGCGGAUAAUAAUGGAAAAUUCCGGUUUUGAAACAGUAAAUUUCAGCAAUUAUGCAGUGAGUCAAGCCAAGAUUCUGCUAUGGAGUUACAAUUACAGUGAAAUGUAUAAUUUGAUCGAUUCUCAUCCUGGGUUUCUAUCGCUUGCUUGGAACAAUGUACCUCUUCUCACUGUUUCUUCAUGGCGUUAA